AUGCGCUUUCUCAUCCCUCUUGCGGCCCUCUUCACCCUGGGCAACGCCGUUACCGUCCACGAGCCAGACGAGACAGUCAUUUUUGGGCAGGCCGGCCCCGACAACAAGACCUUCUGGCUCGGCUUCGAUUUCGUCCCGGGCAGCAACCAAGUCGGCCACCACACCUGGUACAGCCCUUACAAGAUCACCAAAAUCACGUACUCUUCACCAGGAAACUUAGCAGCCUGCGAUGACCACUGCUAUGAGUCGGUCAAGGUCCAUUACCAGACCAACCUGCACUCACCCCAGAGCAAGGACUGCGAAGUCAUCUACGACAGGAUCGUCGGCCCAGGCACUUGGACCGUUCUCAUGUGGUUACAGCACCAGCUCGUCGAAUAUCGAACCUGCGCCUACGGUGUCACCGCUUUCCGGAGCCGCAGCGGCAAGGCCAUUUUCGCCCAUAUUGGCAACGACGACAUCAGGGACGUCUUGAGGAGGACCAUAGAUAGCUACAGCAAGGAAUUCUCUCCUCAUGGCACAAGAGUCCAGUCAUGGGGCCAGUUUGUCUGUAAACCUUAUGAUGCCGAGGUGGAGUGGGAGAUUUAUUACCAAAAAGGAUUUCCCGAUGACGAAUAG